AACAAAGGUCAUGUGAAAAGAACCGUUCGCAUCAAUUGGCGGCGCCCGGCUUUCGGGGUGCGGACGCGACGGCGACUUGGCUUUCUCACUCUGUGCUACGGUUACAACAACUUUGUGCUGGUGCUGGCGAAGUUUGUGAUUCUAAGAAAUUCUUCCAUUACAGCGAGGUUCCGCUUUUUCUGCUGUCACCACGAACCGCGCGAUGUGACUCCCGCAGCCUAGCUCCGCAUCCCCUGCUUUUGCUGUCACCUUGGAUUUUUCGUCGCCGCCACCUGUACUGGAGAAGGUGGUGGUGGUGGUAAAGUUAGUUUGCCAGUCUCUCGAGGUUAGGGCGUCUUUUCGAGCUCUGGACUGGGGGUUGGCAGGUUUCAGCGUUGGGAGUUUUACAUUUAUUGCGUUUACAUGAAAUCUUGCGGAGUGUCGGUAGCUACUGCCGCCGCUGCUUUUGGUGAUGAGGGAAAGAAAAUGGCGGCGGUAAAACCGAGCAGCGAGACCAAGGAGGGGUCCCUCAGCUUGACAGCCGAAGAGAGUGAGGCACUCAGUGGAUUGGACAGUCGACUCUUUGGGUUCGUGAGCCUUCACGAAGAUGGCGCCAGGACUAAGACCCUAUUGGUCAAGGCUGUUCGCUGCUAUGAAUCUUUAAUCUUAAAAGCUGAAGGAAAAGUGGAGUCUGAAUUCUUUUGUCAGUUAGGUCACUUCAACCUCUUAUUGGAAGAUUAUCCAAAAGCGUUAUCUGCUUAUCAGAGAUACUACAGUUUACAGUCUGACUACUGGAAGAAUGCUGCCUUUUUAUAUGGCCUUGGUUUGGUUUACUUCUAUUUCAAUGCAUUUCACUGGGCAAUUAAAGCAUUUCAAGAGGUGCUUUAUGUUGAUCCCAGCUUUUGUCGAGCCAAGGAAAUUCAUUUACGACUUGGGCUUAUGUUCAAAGUGAACACAGACUAUGAAUCAAGUUUAAAGCAUUUUCAGUUAGCUUUGAUUGACUCUAAUCCCUGUACUUUGUCCAGUGCUGAAAUUCAGUUUCAUAUUGCCCACUUGUAUGAAACCCAGAGAAAGUAUCACUCUGCAAAAGAAGCUUAUGAACAGCUUUUAGGGACAGAAAACCUACCUGCACAAGUAAAAGCAACUGUUUUACAACAGUUAGGAUGGAUGCAUCAUAACGUGGAUCUACAAGGAGACAAAGCCACCAAGGAAAGCUAUGCUAUUCAGUAUCUCCAAAAGUCAUUGGAGGCAGAUCCUAAUUCUGGCCAGUCUUGGUAUUUCCUUGGCAGGUGCUACUCAAGUAUUGGGAAAGUUCAGGAUGCCUUUAUAUCUUACAGGCAGUCUAUUGAUAAAUCAGAAGCAAGUGCAGAUACCUGGUGUUCAAUAGGUAUACUCUAUCAGCAGCAAAAUCAGCCUAUGGAUGCAUUACAGGCCUAUAUUUGUGCUGUACAGUUGGACCAUGGCCAUGCAGCAGCCUGGAUGGACCUAGGCACUCUCUAUGAAUCCUGCAACCAACCUCAGGAUGCCAUUAAAUGCUACUUAAAUGCAACUAGAAGCAAAAGUUGUACUAAUAGCUCUAUGCUCACAGGAAGAAUUAAGUUUUUACAGGCUCAGUUGUGUAACCUUCCACAAGGUAGUCUACAGAAUAAAACUAAAUUACUUCCUAGUAUUGAGGAGGCAUGGAGCCUACCAAUACCCGCAGAGCUUACCUCCAGGCAGGGUGCCAUGAACACAGCACAGCAGGCUUACAAAGUUCAUCAUCCAAAUACUGAACCUGUAUUAGGCCUCAGUCAAACACCAAUUUCACAACAGCCCUUGCCAGUACCCAUGAUUACUUCUAACGAAGUAGAUGGCCUGUCCAGUCCUGCCAAGAGGAAAAGAACAUCUACUCCAACAAAGAAUAGUUCUGAGAACUGGAAUAGUGGCCAUACUGUUUCACAUACUUCAGUACAGCAACAAGUUCAUUCAUGGUGUUUGACACCACAGAAAUUACAGCACUUGGAACAGCUGCGCGUAAAUAGAGACAAUUUCAGUCCGGCACAGAAACUAAUUCUGGGACAGUUGGAAACUCAACUUGUCUUAAUGCAACAAAUGAGACAAACAGGACAAACUACUGUUCUACCCAGAGUACCUAGUGUCUCUCAGCUUGAAGUACGCUCUGCUUGUUUUGAAAAGCCUUUGUCCAGUGGACCUUUUUCUGCAGGCGAUACUCCUUGCGGCACAUCAAAAAUGCUAGGGAGUACAGACACCAUUUUGGUAGGUGAUAAUUAUAUAACAGGAAGUGGAAGUAAUGGAAAUGUGCCUUAUCUGCCGCAAAACACACUCACUCUACCUCAUAAUUGCAAAAACCUGAGCAGCAGCACAGAAGAGCCAUGGAGAAAACAGCUAUCUAACUCCACUCAGGGGCUUCACAAAGGUCAGAGUUCACAUUUAGCAGGAUCUAAUGAUGAACAACCUUCACUUUCCACUGGUCCUGCCCAGUAUCUCCAGGCGGCUAGCACUAGUAUUCAGAAACAGACUGGACAUAGAAUGCUGCCUAGCAGUUCAACACAGGGAACUGCUUUCAAUCACCUCUCCUCUCAUAUUGCUACCUCAGGUGGACAACGAGGCAUUACCUUUACCAAAGAGAGCACAUCUUCAGGAAGUAGAUCUUCAGUGCCUGAAAUAAGCAGGCACACUGGAGACACACUUAAUGGUUGUGCUCAUGGCAAGGGACUUUCUAAUCAUGUUCAGCAGCUGAUGGCAGAACCUGUUUGCAAUCCAAACCACGGAGAUUCUACAUCACCAAAUUUAAUUUCGUACAAUCCUCAGAUCUCUACCUUGUUGGUUGGAAAAGGCAGUGACAGUAUGGUGACUGGAGCUUGUGACAAAGUCAAUAAUAUUCAUCCAGAAAGUCAUGCAAAGACUAAUACUUCUGUUGCCUCUUCACCCUCUUCAGUCAUAUCAACCACAACACCUUCUCCAAAAUCCACUGAGCAGACAACCACACAUGGUAUUACCAGCCUUAACAGUGCUCACAUUAGGUUACAAACAAUUAAUGGAGAGGGGCUAGAGAACUCACAGAGCUCUAAUAAAAGAGACCUGCCUACAAUUAGCCAAAAAACUGAUCAUCACAUCAUACCAUCAAUGUCUGUGUCCAUAUACUCAAAUUCCACAGAAGUUCUGAAGGCAUGCAGGAAUCUAGAUAAAAAUGGCCUAUCUAAUAGUCACAAUUUGUUGGAUAAAUGUCCACCUCCAAGACCACCGUCUUCACCAUACCCACCCUUGCCAAAGGACAAGUUGAAUCCACCCACACCUAGUAUUUAUUUGGAAAAUAAACGUGAUGCUUUCUUUCCUCCAUUACAUCAAUUUUGUAUAAAUCCCAAAAACCCUGUUACAGUAAUACGUGGCCUUGCUGGAGUUCUUAAAUUGGAUCUUGGACUUUUCUCUACCAAAACUUUGGUAGAAGCUAACAAUGAACACAAAGUAGAGGUGAGGACACAGUUGUUGCAACCAGCAGAUGAAAACUGGGAUCCCACUGGAACAAAGAAAAUCUGGCACUGUGAAAGUAAUAGCUCUCAUACUACAAUUGCUAAGUAUGCACAGUACCAGGCCUCCUCCUUCCAGGAAUCAUUGAGAGAAGAAAAUGAGAAAAGAAUGCAACAUAAAGAAUAUUCAGAUAAUGAAUCCACAUCUUCAGAUAAUUCUGGAAGGAGAAGGAAAGGACCUUUUAAAACUAUAAAAAUUGGGACUAACAUUGACCUCUCUGAUGACAAAAAGUGGAAGUUGCAGCUACAUGAACUGACUAAACUUCCGGCUUUUGUACGUGUUGUAUCAGCAGGAAAUCUUCUAAGCCACCUUGGUCAUACCGUACUGGGCAUGAAUACAGUUCAGCUGUACAUGAAAGUUCCAGGGAGUCGGACACCAGGUCACCAAGAAAAUAACAACUUUUGUUCUGUUAACAUAAAUAUUGGUCCAGGUGAUUGUGAAUGGUUUGUUGUUCCUGAGGAUUAUUGGGGUGUUCUGAAUGACUUCUGUGAAAAAAAUAAUUUGAAUUUUUUGAUGAGUUCUUGGUGGCCAAAUCUUGAAGAUCUUUAUGAAGCUAAUGUUCCUGUAUAUAGGUUUAUUCAAAGACCUGGAGAUUUGGUCUGGAUAAAUGCAGGCACUGUGCACUGGGUUCAGGCUGUUGGCUGGUGCAACAAUAUUGCUUGGAAUGUUGGUCCACUUACAGCCUGCCAGUAUAAACUGGCAGUAGAACGGUAUGAGUGGAACAAAUUGCAAAGUGUGAAGUCAGUGGUACCCAUGGUUCAUCUCUCAUGGAAUAUGGCACGAAAUAUCAAAGUCUCAGAUCCCAAGCUUUUUGAAAUGAUUAAGUAUUGUCUUAUGAAAAUUCUAAAGCAAUGUCAGACACUGAGGGAAGCUCUUAUUACAGCAGGAAAAGAGGUUAUAUGGCAUGGGCGGACAAAUCAUGAACCAGCGCAUUACUGUAGCAUUUGCGAGGUGGAGGUUUUUGAUCUUCUUUUUGUCAGUAAUGAAAGCAAUUCUCAAAAGACAUACGUAGUACAUUGCCACGACUGUGCACGAAAAAGAAGUGGAAAUCUGGACAAUUUUGUGGUGCUAGAAGAAUACAAAAUGGAGGACCUCAUGCAAGUAUAUGACCAGUUUACAUUAGCUCCUUCAGUAUCAUCCUCCUCUUCUUGAUAUUGUUCCAUAAAUAUUAAAUGACACCUUUUCUGAUCUUCAGGAAAGUUCGGCACCACUGGGUUUGUAGCUGCUUCAUAAGAGUGCUGACUAAAAGCUAAUGUCUAUGCAACCUUCCAAGAAUAUUGUGAAACAACUGGAUGUAGGAGAGCACUUUUCUGCUCCAAGAUGAUCCAGCUUUACUUAGUAAUAAUUAUCACAUGUUUUAUGAUAUCUGACAAAACUGGCAUUGUCCAACAGACUACUGACUUGAUGAUACUUUUUUUGUUGUUUGUUUCUCUGUUUCUGGACUGAUAAAUUAGUUUUCAUCUAUAUUUUAUCCUUUCAGAAGUUUCCUGGGGAAGAUAUACUGUCCUCACUGGCCAUUUGUUUGUGAAGAUAGUUAAUACAUUUAAAUCUUUGGUUAACUUUUUUAAUGUGAAAAAUUAAAGGAGAAAAAUAUUUUUUAACUGCAUCAAGUUUUUCUGUAUUGUUUUGAGGCCAUAAUGGUUCCAAAUUAAAACUUUUUAAAAUUUAGUAGCCUAAUAACAAAGAUACAAAGAUAAUGGAUUGCACAUAGAC